UUUUAGACAGACCUUUCUCAAAAUAACUGGAAUCAUUUCCGUGUGUGACCGCUAGGUUUUGUGGGUAGUGUAACUGAUUGUGACUCAUAAUGUGAUCAUCAAUGGAGUUUUCCCCAAAGUAUCUCUGGCACGACUCACGAGCUACUUAGUGGAGGUCUGCCUAGUGAGAAAGCCGUUGUCCGCACAGGUCAGGAGCAAAACGGGCUAAUAUGAUGGAUUACUACUAGCUAGCUGGUAGGACCGGUUAGGACACCAAGUAGCUAACGCUAGGCAAUCACCGAAGAGAAACCAGGGAGGAGCUUUAGGGGUAUAAUACAAUUGCUUUGGAGAAAAGGGUGAAAUAAAUGCGUUUAUGGUGAAAAUAGGGAAUGUGUGUAAAUAAUAUACCGUUAGCCAGCUUAAUAGUCGGCUGCCAACGUAACUGUCAAAACCGCUAGCUAGGGUUGUUACGCUAAUAGGCAUAUUGGGUAGUUGCUAUGUUAACUGAUUACUUAGCAUUUCCUUAGCUAGCUAAACCGUUUCAACGCGUAUGUUCAUAACCGGCUAUUUAGCAAGAUAACUAACCUAAGCUAUUAUGACAAUUGACAGUUUGCCCUUGGUAACUAGCUAGUAAGUUUCUUCAAUCAAGAUCUCUAACAGGGUUUUCAAUACGACAGUCUUCUAGCUAGCUAACGUUAAGUAAUAGCGAGUAACGUUAGCUAGCUAGUCAGCCUAAGUUGGCUACUGUACCGUCAUUCAGUUAUCCAUAGACAGCUAGGCUAACUACAGUGGAGGACUUCCGAACAGCAUCUAGUUAGAAACUCUUGUGGAUAGAGUAGCAGUUAGCAGUUAACGUUAGGUGUUGAUUGCAAACCAAUCGACACUUUGCUAUCACAACGGUAAAAUGAAGAAGUUCUUCGAUUCACGUCGCGAACUUGUGAGUUCUGGGCCUGGUUCUGGAGUGGGUGGAGGAGGCACUGGCUCCAGCUGCGGUGGCAGUUUCAUUGGACGUGUUUUCACCAUCGGACGCUAUCAAGUGACCGUUGAUGAAAUUGUUGCUGAAGGAGGCUUCGCUAUUGUCUUCCUGGUGCGGACCCAUCAGGGGGUGCGGUGUGCCCUUAAAAGGAUGUAUGUCAACAACGAGCAUGACUUGCAGAUCUGCAAGUUAGAGAUCCAGAUCAUGAGGGACCUUGUGGGCCACAGGAAUAUAGUGGGUUUCCUGGAUUCCAGUAUUGCUGCUGUAGGAGCAGGAGAUGUCUGGGAAGUCCUUAUCCUUAUGGACUUCUGUCGUGGCGGUCAGGUGGUUAACCUGAUGAACCAGCGUCUGCAGACAGGCUUCACUGAGGCAGAGGUGCUACAGAUCUUCUGUGACACCUGUGAGGCCCUGGCCCGCCUCCACCAGUGCAAGACACCAAUCAUCCAUCGAGAUCUCAAGGUGGAGAACAUCCUGCUCCAUGACCGAGGACACUACGUGCUGUGUGACUUUGGCAGCGCCACCAACCGCUUCCAGAACCCUCAGACAGAGGGUGUGCAAGUGGUGGAGGAGGAAAUCAAGAAGUACACUACUCUGUCAUACCGAGCCCCAGAGAUGAUAAAUCUCUACAAUGGUAUGGUCAUCACUACAAAGGCAGACAUCUGGGCUAUGGGCUGCCUGCUGUAUAAGCUGUGCUACUUUACCCUGCCAUUUGGGGAGAGCCAGGUGGCCAUCUGUGAUGGCAGCUUCACUAUUCCAGACAACUCUCGCUACUCACAGGAUAUGCACUGCCUCAUCAGAUACAUGCUAGAGCCUGACCCUGAGAAAAGACCAGAUAUCUACCAAGUUUCCUACUUCGCCUUCAAGCUUGCCAGGAUCGAAUGCCCCAUCCAAAAUGUACAUAACUCCCCUAUUCCUUCAAAACUUCCUGAGCCAAUCAGAGCCAGUGAUGCUGUGGCCAAAAAGAGUCAAUCCAAAGCUAGGCUUACAGACCCCGUGCCCACAAUGGAGACCUCUAUUGCACCCAGGUCACGGCCCAAAGCUGGAGUUGCCCAGCCCAUUGGCAUUCUGCCCAUCCAGCCGGCACUCACCCCACGCAAGAGACCAAACAUGGCUGCCGGAGGGACCCCGCCUAUAGGGGCUACUCAGCCUGCUACUGUUGUCCAAUCAGCGCCUCAAGCACCUGCUGGAUCGGCCGCACCCUCAUCUCAGACCACGCCUUCGCAGCCCAUGGCCACUCCUCAGCAUCAGCAGGGUCUGUUCAUAAAGCAGCAGGCUGCAGCCUUCUUCAGCCCACAGCAGCAGGUCAAACAGCAUCCGCUAGAGCAGACCCUCUACAAACCGUUGCAUCCACUAGAGCAGACCCUCUACAAACAACCACCUCCGCUAGGGCAGACCCUCUACAAACAACCACCUCCGCUAGAGCAGACCCUCUACAAACAACCACAUCCGCUAGAGCAGACCCUCUACAAACAACCACAUCCGCUAGAGCAGACCCUCUACAAACAACCACCUCCGCUAGAGCAGACCCUCUACAAACAACCACAUCCGCUAGAGCAGACCCUCUACAAACAACCACCUCCGCUAGAGCAGACCCUCUACAAACAACCACCUCCGCUAGAGCAGACCCUCUACAAACAACCACCUCCGCUAGAGCAGACCCUCUACAAACAGCAGCAGCUGCCUCUCUUGCAGGCCCCCCAGGGCCCAUUGGCUGUGCAGCCUAAAGCGAAUCCUGCAAUUCAGGUUGCUCCUCUCCAGCAGCAGCCAGUCAGCCCCUCUGCCCAAACAGCAUGCUUCCCUCAGCCUCCAGCCCCAGGCCCUACAUCUGAUUCUGACCAUGACUCUGAGCCCACGCCUCUGGCUUCUGGCCACGGGCUUUACAAGGUUGGCUCCCUGACACCCCCCUCGUCCCCAAAGAUGCCCCCCCGCAGCGGCCACAGACGCAUCCUGAGCGAUGUCACCCACAGCGCUGUGUUUGGGGUUCCUGUCAGCAAGUCCACCCAGCUACUGCAGGCGGCUGCAGCCGAGGCCAGCCUCAACAAGUCCAAGUCCGCCAGCACCACCCCUUCUGGCUCCCCCUGUUCCUCACAGCAGAAUGUGUGCCAGGCAGGUGAGGGCGGUGCUCAGACAGCCCCCUCUGCUGCAUCCACCAGCAGUUGGAACCCCUUUGGUGAUGACAACUUCUCCAAGCUCACUGCUGAGGAGCUGCUCAACAAGGACUUUGCCAAGCUGGCCGAGACUACAACAGGGGAAAGGGACAGUCUCUCUACAGAGAACCUUAUUCAUCAACCUGUGUCUUCGGCUGGGGUCACAAGCAAGGCUUACCCAGAGAAGCUGAUUGAGGGUCUUAUGUCCCCAGAGACUUCUCUGCUGCUCCCUGACCUUAUACACCUGUCUGGUCCCAUCAGCAGCUCUGCAGAAGGGAACAGCAAUGUUGCAACCAAGGCUGAGAUGUGUGUGGAGUCUCUGAUCCCGGGCCUGGAGACAGUCUCAGCCAGCAUGCCAGACUCUCUGGUGGGGGAGGACUCUCUGUUGGGGGAGGACUCUCUGUUGGGCUGCUCUCUGCUGACUCACCCUUCUACCCCUGGGACUCAAACUGUCUCUGCACCUCCCUCAUGCUCCUAUGCUCCUCCUAGCUCUGCCUCCUGUCUGGAUGACUUAACACCUGUCUCACUUGGCAUUGCACAGGCUCCUUCUGACUCCACUUACCUCAUGUCGGGUUUCCAGCCGCCAGAGGCUGGGGGGAAGGGCACUGAGGACGAGUUUGACCCCAUCCCUGUGCUCACCUCCAAAACCUCCAACAACCAAGAGCUGAAAGGGGAGAGUAAUGGCUAUGAUGCCCUGGACGACGGGGGCUCAGACAUUCUGCUGCCUGGAGAAGGGCUCAGGGCAUACCAGGGCCAUGUUCACUCCAGUGAUGAGGAGGAAAAUGAAGAAAAAGAUGCGAGAGCGGAGGAGGAGCAGGGCAGGAGAGCCAGUGAACGUGAUCCAGUAGUCCAUGACUGUGGUGGCUCUAGGCCUUUGUUGCUGGAUUCAGAGGAAGAGGAGGAGCAUAGGUCUGAAUUAAUCCUCCCACCCUCCCAGCCAUUACAUGCACACCCACAACUCUCCACACUAUCCCCCCAACAUUCCCCAUCCUCAACCCAGAAUCAUUCCUACCAGAUGUCCAAGCAAGCAGGUGGGGUCGAUGUUGUCCCUGAUGUCUUCUCCAAAGCUCCCUUCAGGAUUGGACAGGAGAAGGCAGGUGAUGUGUUCUCAAAUGCCCCUUUCCCACAUCCGCCCAUUGUGGCUGAAACGCAUCCAGACAUUUUCUUACAAGCCCCCUUCAUGAAACCGAGGACCCCCCAUCACUCUCACCCUGCUGGGGUUAACCCUGUGGUACCUGAACCGGCUCUCCUGAGCCAGGUGUCCCCGAAACCCUUCCGCCCACAGGCCCUGUCCAAGUAUUCCCGACACUUUGAGGGCUCCUUGCCUCAGCAGCCUGUAACAGCUCAAAGGGUGGUUUCCAGUGUGAGCCGGCAAGCUGCUGUAGGUCCGGUAAAUGUGGGGCCCUUACACCCCUGGACUUCAGAGGUGGGUGCAGUAGACCCCUUUGUCUCUGCGCCCUUUCACUUCAAGGCCCCACAAGAGAAGCCCUGAAAAUCCCAUCAUUCACUACAGAGCAGUGGAGCCAGCUUUGGAGCCCACUUUUGCUCACACCGCACAAAAGCAUACAUACCGCAUGCUGUCAUCCACACUGGGCUAGACUGCGAGGCGGCAUAGAACUCUUUAAGAGCUUAUCUUUACAAACUCAGAUCUGUCUUGACAUCGCACAAGAUCACCAGUGUGCUUUUUUUCUGCAGUAGAAUAGUUUAAGGUCAGUUCCAGUUUUCCCUAUGUUUCGGAACUGUCCUUUUCUUUGGUGUCAGAGGUUAUUCUUUGUUGUGCACAGGAUUUGGCAAUGCUUUUUCCCCCCACCUACAGCUGUUUGUCCUCCCAUUUUCUAUUGCCAACGUUUAACUUAGAAAGCUUCAGGUAGGUUUCGUGUUGGGGGUUUACCUGUAAAUACGGACUGGAUAGAUCUGUCAUCUAUCCUGGACCACCUACAUUCACACUAUUCCCUAUCGCUCUGUGAGAUUCCUGGAUUUCCAUGACAUGCCGGGUCUCUCAGGGUGAUGAUGUCACUACCAUUCCUCUACUCAUUCAGGAAUUCUCUCCCUAGAAAGGCCUCAUGGAAUGGUUGCUCGAUAUCUUAUAAUUUCUAGUAUUUUGGAAGUAUUUGAGAGAUUACUGUUUUAGCCCAUGGAGUGGUGUAUACUUUGUGCUGUGUAGGUAAAUGUACCUCUAGCAGUGCUGUCAUAUUGGAUCAUUUAUAAUAACAGUAUCAAAUGCUGGAUUGUUGUACAUGUCGAACUAUAAGGAAUUGUUCAACUACAUUUUAGCCUUUGAUUUGACCCGACAGCAAUUGUAUUCUUAGUCACUAUUAGUCGUUUUAUAGUGCCCUCAGUGAUACUUACUACAGUGAAGCAGUUCUUUUUUUGUGUGGAUAUACUCAAAAUGUUUGGAUUUAAAAUCAAAUGAUUACAAUGAGGUUAGAUUCUCAGCUUUUAUUUGAGGGUAUGUUAAUACAUAUUGAUUUCACUCUUUUGGAACAUAUUAAUAUAAUGUGUAGUAUGUUUGCAUGUCAUCUGCAUGCAAUAAUGGACAGAAGAAUACAAGGAUUACAUGUAAAUAUUGUCUGCAGAUAUCUCCCCUGUCCUGGUCCACCUAGAUUCACUCCAUUCCUUAUUUGUACAUAUUGACUUAACUGUUUUGGGACUUAUUACCAUGUUUAGCCUUUGAUUGCAUAUCAUUUGCAUGCAAUAACUGCCUGAAAAAUACAACCUGUUGACCCCAGCAGAUGCAGGGGGGGGUUAUUUUUUUCUUACAUUUUCUUUUAGGCGAAUUAAAGGCAUGAGUUACUUUGCUUUCUUACAUAUUUGUUGUUUUAAUGGGGAGCAUUCUUCUGUUGUCCACUAUAGAGGUCUUGGCCUACCAGAGGCUGUUUUCGAAUGCUGAGCUCUAGUGCGUCUCUUCGUUUUGAUUAUUUCUUAACUGUUGUUUUUGGUAUGCCUAAGGUAUUGGCUAUGUUUCUGACAGAUUACUUCAGAUUUGUCACACUUCUAAUGCUUUCCUUAACUUUCAUUGAGUCUUUUUGGCCUCACGUUGGCAGAUACCAAUAACAUUCUGAUGUAAAACGCAAAUGCUAGAAUUAAGACUGACAGCUCUCUAAUGCCUGCACAUAUUAUUUGAAGCAACACUUGUGAUUAACCAGAAACACCGAUCAAGCUAAUUGUCCCAAUAAUUUCAGUGGCCUGAAUCGUUUCUAAAUGGUCAAAACAGUAUGUAUACAAAUACCCAUAACUAAAAGCUGUGAAUCUAUAUGCUGCCCCCCUGUUUGAUUACCAAUCCAAGCUAUUUUAGUGUAGAGACCAAAAAGACAACUGUUCCAGUUAUUACAGAGGGUACUGUGUGUGCUGCUAAAGUCAACCUUAUGUAUCUACAUGCAAGGCAUACAAUAACAUACUUCACUGAGGUCAGAGUUCUUUAUGUUUGUCCUCUAGUAGGUGCCUCUGCUCUGCUGUAUGUACUAUUGUGUUGGUUUACUAAUUUUGAACUAAGCCAGUUGUUUAAGGGGAAUGUUUCUAUUAGAUCUCCAGUCUCACGAUCAGCACUGAGUAGAAAAUUCACAAUCAGCAUCUUCACACUACCAAUCAGCAACUACUUCACUGUCAUUCUAAGCAUUCACAAUCAACAACUGCAAGAACACAAUCAUGGUCUCAAUCAGUACUUCUACACUGUACCUGCACUACUCAACAUGCACAAACAGUUUACCAGCAGCAAUCCCACUCAGAACAUACCAGAAUCAAUGCAACCUUUAUCACACACCUCAAGCAAAACUCACGUUGUUGAAAAAUAAGUUGCACCUGUAGUGUCAGACUUUCCUACGCAUGCUCAGAGGACACACUAGUUGAAGUCUACACAUUGCUUUGGCAUAAAACCAUACCUUUGAACAGGGUUGUAUUGAUUCUGCAAAACAAAAUGUUUUUAUUGCAAAGCAUUCAACCAGAAAGAACAACACUAGGAGUAAGCUACCUGAAUUUGUCCAAUAAAAACUGCCAAAACAUUAUACUCGACAUAGGUCCUCAACCCUCUUCUGGGGUUUCCCAGAGCUAGCACACCUGAAUCAACUUUUUAACUAAUUAACAAGCCCUUACCUGUUGAAUCAGGAGCUAUUUCAGGGCAAAAACUAAAUUGUGAGAUGGCUGGGGGGUCCCCAGGAGAGUGUUGAAAACCUAUGCUCUAACAUGUUUGGUUGAUUAGGAUGAAUACACCUUAGAUUUAGCAUUCCUCCUGGGUUUUAUUUCCAUCAAAUGCGUCAAAUGCUGAUUUGGUCUUUUGCUGAAUAUUGUAGAAUAAUGAAGCACUUUCUAACAGUUGCUAUUCAUCCAUUACUUUACAUUACCUGGUGAUAGUGUGGACCAAUACAUAGGUUUUCAACCAUUUGAUCCAAAGUGUAAAGAUGUGCUGGAGAAAUUAUUCUAAAUGUAUUGGUGGGGGGGGGGGGGGGGGGGGGCUUCCAUUGUGAUUUAUUUGUUCAAAACAUUUUUAUGUUAAUUUGAUGUGCAAAUGAAGACCGCAGACAGCAUCUGCAGCAAUUAUCAUUUACUCAUGAACUGCAUGCGUUGAGAUAAGGACCUUGAAAAUAACUUCACAAAGCUGUUAUCUCAAAAACGUAAUGGCAACAUUUGUCUUCAUGUCUUUGACUGUCUUUGAUUUGUGACUGAUUUAUGCAGUCCUUUGUAUAGAAAAGCAUGGUGGCUGAUUUUUAACAGCAAGCAUCACCGGCUGAACUCUAAAGGCAUCCAUAUCAAAUACUUGAGUCAUGCAAAGCUUACCUUUGAUGAACACUGUCAUUGUAUGUCCGUAUGUGAAGACAAAUAAAUGAAUGCAAUAGUG